UUUUGUUUCCUUCCCCUCCUCCCUUUUUCUCUCUCUUCUCAUCUCCUUCUUCUUCAUCUUCUCUCUUUUUUAACUCAACCAAAAAACCACGAUCUCCCCCAAAUUCCUCCCAAACCCUAAAUUUCUAGGGUUUUUUCAUACAAUUCACAGAUUCUCAAAUUCUUCGUCUAUUUUGUGAUUCCAUCGAACGAAUUCGGAGGAAGAAAGAGUGAGAGGAGGUGAGUUUUUCUGGAGUAGUAAACUGAUGAAAUUAGGUUAAAGAAAAGUGGUCUGAUUAGAAAUGCAAUUAGUUGAUGGAAGUUUGAGAUUAGGUUUUUGAAAAGUGAUGAGUAAUUUGCUUGGUAUUGUGAAUGGCAAGACCUACUGUAAUUGUUGUUUUUGUUGUUCAGUUGUUGUUGAUUUUGGGGAUUGUGAGUUGUUGGAAAGAGGAGGAAAGUGGUUUUUCGAUUAUUGAUGUUGAUGAUGAUCAGGAGGAGGGAUUGGAGUUGGAGGAGUUGUUUGGGAGAGAUUAUUCACCACCAUCACCACCACCACCACCACCACCAACACAUCCACCAUCACUAUCAUGUGAAAGAGAUCUUGGAGGGGUUGGUUCAUUUAAUACUUCAUGUGAAGUGAGUCAAACUGUUGUGUUAGAGAAAGAUAGUUAUAUUGAAGGUAGUGGAAGUUUUCAUAUACUUGAUGGGGUUGAACUUAAGUGCCCUAAAUCUGGUUGUGCAAUUGCAAUUAAUUUAACUGGGAAUUUUAGUUUAGGGGAAAAUUCGAGUAUAAUUUGUGGUGAUCUAACUGUCAAUUCGACGAAUGCGUGUUUUUUUAAUGGGUCGAGUUUGAAUACUACGAGUUAUGCUGGUAAACCACCACCACAAACUAGUGGUACACCGCAGGGGAUUGAUGGAGCUGGUGGUGGACAUGGUGGUAGAGGUGCUCAGUGUUUAACUGAUGAUUCAAAGAUACCUGAAGAUGUUUGGGGUGGUGAUACUUAUUCGUGGACUUCACUUCAAGCACCAGAUACUUAUGGAAGUAAAGGUGGGAGUACUAGUAAUGAAGAAGAUUAUGGUGGUGGUGGUGGUGGGAAAAUAUUCAUGGGGAUUAAACAACUUAUUGAGCUUAAUGGAACUGUUUUAGCUGAAGGAGGUAUUGGUGGUCUUAAAGGCGGUGGUGGAUCUGGUGGUAGCAUUCAUAUCAUUGCUCAUAGAAUGACCGGACAUGGAAAGAUAAGUGCCUCUGGGGGUAGUGGUUGGGGUGGUGGUGGUGGUGGAAGAGUUGCUAUCAACAUUUUCAGCAGACAUGAUCAGCCGGAAAUCUUAGUUCAUGGAGGAAGGAGCUAUGGUUGUCCAGGAAAUAAUGGUGCUGCUGGAACUCUUUAUGAUGCUGUUCCGCGGAGCCUAAUCAUUACCAAUCAUAACUUGUCAACACAGACAGAUACACUUCUCCUAGAUUUUCCUAAUCCACCGAUCUGGACAAGUGUUUAUGUUCGUAAUAAUGCCAAGGCAGUUGUUCCAUUGCUGUGGAGUCGUGUGCAGGUACAAGGACAGCUUAGUCUAUCAUCUGGAGUACUCGUCUUUGGGUUAAGACAUUUUGCUUCUUCGGAGUUUGAGCUCAUGGCUGAAGAGCUUUUGAUGGAAGAUUCUGUAAUUAGGGUAUAUGGAGCUCUACGGAUGUCUGUUAAAGUUUUCCUGAUGUUGAACUCCAAAAUGCUCAUAGAUGGUGGUGCAGAUUCUCUUGUUGCAACAUCUCUGCUCGAGGCUAGUAACGUGGUUGUUCUUAAGGAAUCAUCCGUUAUUCACUCUAACGCAAAUCUGGGAGUUCAUGGACAAGGCUUGCUGAACUUAUCUGGACCAGGAAAUCAGAUAGAAGCACAGCGUCUCAUUCUGUCACUAUUCUAUAGUAUCCAUGUUGGUCCAGGAUCUGUUUUGCAGGGUCCAUUACAAAAUGCCACUACUAGUGAUAUGACCCCAAGGCUCUAUUGUGAGCUCGAGGAAUGCCCCAUGGAAUUGCUACAUCCACCUGAAGAUUGCAAUGUUAACUCUUCAUUGUCCUUCACUCUUCAGAUCUGCCGAGUUGAAGAUAUAACUGUUGAAGGUCUCAUUAGAGGGAGUGUUGUCCAUUUUCACAGGGCUAGAAAUAUAGUUAUCCAGCCUGCUGGAACAAUAAGUGCAUCCGGGCUUGGUUGCACAGGUGGAUUAGGCAGAGGUACUAUUCAAGAUGGAGUGGGGGGUGGUGGUGGACACGGUGGGAAAGGUGGGGAUGGAUAUGCCAAUGGUACUCUUUCAUCAGGUGGAGCUACAUAUGGAAAUCCUGAUCUCCCCUGCGAGCUUGGCAGUGGUAGUGGAAAUGACAAAUCUGGUUCAACUGCCGGUGGAGGUAUUAUAGUGAUGGGUUCGAUGGAGCAUUCUUUGACUAGUUUGUCUGUCUAUGGGUCGCUCAGAGCAGAUGGGGAAAGUUUUGGACAAAACAUCAAGGGAUUAGGUUAUGCAAACGGUUCAAAUGGUGGACCAGGUGGUGGUUCUGGUGGAACUCUUCUCUUGUUUUUGCAUUCGCUGACCCUUGGUGACACUGCGGUUCUUUCUAGUAUUGGUGGGCGUGGUAGUCAAUAUGGUGGAGGAGGUGGGGGUGGUGGAAGGAUUCACUUUGAUUGGGCUGAUGUCUUGACUGGAGAUGAGUAUAUGCCCCUUGCUAGUGUGAACGGGAGCAUGCAUACAUUGGGAGGACUGGGUUUUGGUCAAGGUCAUGUUGGGGGGAAUGGAACUGUUACUGGAAAUGCUUGCCCCAAAGGACUUUAUGGGACCUUUUGCAAGGAAUGCCCCAUUGGCACUUUUAAGAAUGUCAGUGGAUCUGAUAAAGCUCUUUGUCGUGAAUGCCCACCAUAUGACCUUCCUCACCGUGCUACAUAUACAAUUGUCAGAGGUGGUGUUGCUGAAGCUCCCUGUCCGUACAGAUGCAUCUCAGACAGAUAUCACAUGCCACACUGUUAUACAGCCCUUGAAGAGUUGAUAUAUACUUUUGGUGGUCCAUGGUUGUUUGGUCUUCUGCUUUCGGGUCUCCUAAUACUGUUAGCUCUGGUUCUUAGUGUUGCAAGAAUGAAAUUUGUUGGGACGGAUGACUUACCAGGCCCAGCACCCACGCAGCACGGUUCUCAAAUAGAUCACUCCUUCCCUUUCCUUGAGUCACUUAAUGAGGUCCUGGAAACCAAUAGGGCCGAGGAAUCCCAAAGUCACGUGCAUAGAAUGUAUUUCUUGGGGCCUAAUACCUUUGGUGAACCUUGGCAUCUGCCCCAUUCUCCUCCUGAUGAAAUAACAGAAAUUGUAUAUGAGGAUGCGUUCAACCGAUUUGCUGAUGAAAUUAAUGCUUUAGCUGCUUAUCAAUGGUGGGAGGGAUCCGUGUACACUAUUCUGUCAAUUCUUGCAUUCCCGUUUGCAUGGUCGUGGCAGCAAUGGCGAAGGAGGAUUAAAUUACAAAGAUUGCGGGAGUUUGUCCGAUCAGAAUAUGAUCAUGCAUGCCUGCGUUCGUGUCGUUCGCGUGCUCUGUACGAGGGACUUAAGGUUGCUGCAACUUCGGAUCUCAUGUUAGCAUAUGUGGAUUUUUUUCUUGGGGGAGAUGAAAAGAGAUCCGAUCUUCCUCCUCGUCUUCAUCAAAGAUUUCCAAUGCGUUUAGUUUUUGGAGGCAAUGGAAGUUACAUGGCUCCAUUUUUGCUUCAUAGUGAUAACGUUCUUACUAGCCUGAUGAGCCAGUCUUUUUCUUCAACCAUUUGGUAUCGGCUUGUAGCUGGAUUGAAUGCACAGUUGCGCUUAGUUCGGCGUGGACACCUAAAAAGGACAUUUCUUCCUAUCCUUAAUUGGCUUGAAACUCAUGCAAAUCCUGCUUUGAGUAUCCAUGGUAUACGUGUUGACCUUGCGUGUUUCCAGCCAACAUCUUGUGGUUAUUGUCAGUUUGGACUUCUGGUGUACGCAGUUGAAGAAGGAUCAGAACCAACAUCCAUUGAGGGUGUAGAUAGUGCAAAUAGAAUGGAUAAGAAUAAAAGUGUACAAAGUAUUCACAAUGGCCGUCUCCCAAGCCAUUCAAGCAGUGAAAAUUUGGUGACGCAUAAAGGUACCUACGGAGGGAUUCUAGAUACUUGCAGCUUACAUUUACUCAAUGAGAAAAAGGACAUAUCAUAUCUCUGCUCUUUCAUAGUGAACAAUACAAAACCAGUUGGUCAUCAGGAUCUUGUUGGUUUGGUCAUAUCAAUACUUCUUUUAGCAGACUUUAGCUUAGUGUUGCUUACUUUACUCCAGCUGUAUUCUAUUUCGCUUCUGGACUUCUUUCUAUUUUUAUUUGUUCUACCCCUUAGUAUAUUAUCUCCAUUUCCUGCUGGAAUCAAUGCUCUUUUUAGCCAUGGACCAAGGCGAUCCGCUGGUCUUGCACGUGUGUAUGCUUUGUGGAAUAUUACGUCCUUAACCAACGUUGUGGUAGCCUUUAUUUGUGAAUUUGUCCAUUACAAGACCCAAUCAUCAUCAAGCAAGAAAUCCCCGAACUUUCAGCCCUGGAAUUUUAGCAUGGAUGAAAGUGGAUGGUGGAUGUUCCCCACCGGUCUGGUGCUUUGUAAAUGUGUCCAGGCACGACUCAUCAAUUGGCAUGUCGCCAAUCUAGAAAUCCAAGAUCGCUCGUUGUAUAGUGACAACCCAAACUUGUUCUGGCAGCCGUGAGUGAUAGAUAAAAUAUUCAUUAACCAGGUAUACAGUUAAGAGAGAAAAAAAAAGAGAGAGAGAAGUAAUGGCAGGGACAGUAAGAAGAGAAGACGACCUUAGAAAGCAAUCGAUCCGCUGUUACAGUAUACUCACAAGGCUAUAUAUAUUUUUGCAUGACAUGUACAGAUACAUCAAGUUACUGUAAAUUUGUAAUUUUAGUCAGAGAUGGAAUGCAUGUUCUUUCAUGUGAUUUUGCAGUAUAAGUAACUCCAUAUCUGACGCCAAAUUUGGCACUGGUUUUUUGUAAGGCCAAAUUGAUCCCAUCGUCAUGUUUUCACCCCGGCAGCAUGAGAUCUGUAUGAGUUUGUUUUUGGUUCUUGUAAAUGAUUCAUAAGAGGUGCUUAUGUUUCUCA